CUUGUUUGAACUAGAUUGUAACACAUGUUUCUGCUUUUCAGUUGUAGGACCAGCAAUAGGAAGAGUUUAAUUGGCAACAGUCAGUCUCCAGCCCUUCCACGACCCCACUCGCCUCUUUCUGCUCACACUGGGAACAGCCCACAAGACAGCCCAAGGAACUUCUCCCCCAGCGCCUCAGCUCAUUUUUCAUUUGCACGAAGGACAGAUGGACGGCGCUGGUCUUUGGCAUCCCUGCCCUCAUCCGGCUAUGGCACAAAUACACCAAGCUCCACCGUGUCUUCCUCCUGCUCCUCCCAGGAGAAGCUGCACCAGUUACCGUAUCAACCUACGCCUGAUGAACUCCAUUUUCUGUCCAAACAUUUCUGUACAGAGAGUAUUGCCAGCGAUGACAGAUGCCGGAAUACUCCGCUGCGACCUCGCUCUAGGAGUCUCAGCCCUGGACGUACACCUGCAUGCUGUGACCAUGAAAUCAUCAUGAUGAAUCAUGUGUACAAAGAACGGUUUCCAAAGGCCACGGCUCAGAUGGAAGAGAGGCUUCAGGAUAUUAUAACCAACUACAAUCCUGACAACGUCCUUCCACUUGCAGAUGGCGUGCUCAGCUUCACCCACCAUCAGAUUGUGGAGCUGGCUCGAGAUUGCCUGGACAAAUCCCACCAGGGCCUCAUCACUUCAAGAUACUUCUUGGAGCUGCAACAAAAGUUAGAGAAGUUAUUACAAGAGGCUCAAGAACGAUCUGAAAGUGGGGAAUUGGCUUACAUCAAACAAUUGGCCCAGAAAAUCUUAAUAGUUAUUGCACGCCCAGCAAGGUUACUGGAAUGCUUGGAAUUUGAUCCUGAGGAAUUUUAUUACCUUUUGGAAGCAGCUGAAGGCCAUGCUAAAGAGGGACAAGGCAUUAAAACAGAUAUACCCAGAUAUAUAAUAAGUCAGCUGGGACUGAACAAGGAUCCCCUUGAAGAAAUGGCCUUGUUGGCUACUUAUGAUAGUAGUACAGUGGAAACUCCUGAGACUGAUGAAUCUGUCAGUAGCUCAACUCGGUCACUGAAAAUGCGAAGAAAACCUUGUGAAUCUGACUUUGAAACAAUGAAACUGAUCAGCAAUGGUGCUUAUGGGGCUGUUUACCUUGUCCGCCAUAAGGAAACACGUCAAAGAUUUGCAAUGAAGAAAAUCAAUAAACAGAACCUUGUCCUUCGAAAUCAGAUUCAGCAGGCAUUUGUGGAGAGGGACAUUUUAACAUUUGCAGAGAAUCCAUUUGUGGUCAGCAUGUAUUGUUCCUUCGAGACCAAACGCCACUUAUGCAUGGUCAUGGAGUAUGUGGAAGGAGGAGACUGUGCUACGUUACUGAAGAACAUGGGACCUCUGCCUGUGGACAUGGCACGGAUGUAUUUUGCAGAAACUGUUCUCGCUCUGGAAUAUUUACACAACUAUGGCAUUGUACACAGAGAUUUAAAGCCAGACAACUUAUUGGUAACUUCCAUGGGACACAUAAAGCUAACUGAUUUUGGUCUGUCAAAAGUCGGCCUCAUGAGUAUGACCACCAACCUGUAUGAGGGCCAUAUUGAGAAGGAUGCCCGAGAGUUCCUGGACAAACAGGUCUGUGGCACCCCAGAAUAUAUUGCUCCAGAGGUGAUUUUGAGGCAAGGUUAUGGGAAGCCAGUUGACUGGUGGGCAAUGGGAGUUAUCCUGUUUGAAUUUCUGGUUGGUUGUGUCCCGUUCUUUGGAGAUACCCCAGAAGACUUGUUUGGACAGGUUAUCAGCGAUGAAAUAAAUUGGCCUGAAAGGGAUGAAGCUCCACCCUCUGACGCUCAGGACCUCAUUACAUUACUGCUCAGGCAAAAUCCCCUGGAAAGAUUGGGGACAGGUGGUGCCUAUGAGGUGAAGCAACAUCCCUUCUUUUGUGCCUUAGACUGGAACAGCCUACUGAGACAAAAAGCAGAGUUUAUCCCACAGCUGGAAUCAGAGGAUGACACCAGCUAUUUUGACACCCGGUCUGAGAAAUACCACCACAUGGAAACAGAGGAGGAGGAUGAUACCAAUGAUGAGGACUUCAGCAUGGAAAUCAGACAAUUUUCAUCAUGCUCACAUCGCUUUUCUAAAGUGUUUAGUAGCAUUGACCAGAUGAUGCAGAACAAAAUGGAGGAAAAGGAUGACAGUAGUGAAAAAUCAAAGAGCUUAAAUUUACCUCCCGUGGAAUCUUUGAGCUGGAGCUCUGAGUAUUCUGAGAUGCAACAGCUCUCCAUAUCAACCUUUUCUGACAGUGAAAGUCACAAGCAACGGCACAGCACCAGCCUGCUGCCAAAAUUUGCCAUCUCCUCUGACCUAGAACGAGAUGAGCACAAUGCUGGAGAUUCCCAGGAGGAAGGGGACAAGUCCGGUCUUAUUUCUGAAGACUCUCCGCAGGAAGAUCCUGACCUUGCCACACCUGUCAGCAUUAGCAGCUCCACAGUGUCAGUGAGUAGUUUCUCAGAGCACUUAGAACACAUAAAUGGAAGGAGCGAGAGUGUGGACAGUUCAGAUAAUUCCUCAAAGCCCUCCAAUGACAGCUCUUCUCAUAUGGCUCGCCAGCACUUAGAAAACACAGAGAAGCAGAGAAUAUUGGGGAAAGUCACUAAAUCCAUUUCUGCAAGUGCUCUGUCCCUCAUGAUACCUGGAGAUGUGUACAGCGUGUCUCCAUUGGGAAGUCCCGUUUCUCCGCUCUCUAUGUCAUCAGAUCCGUCAUCAAGAGACUCCUCCCCCAGUCGCGAUUCUUCUAUCUCUUCCUUCAGUCCAAGGCAGCCAAUCGUUAUACAGAGUUCUGGCAAAAAGUUUGGUUUCACUCUCCAGGCGAUCAGAGUGUUUGUAGGUGACAGCGAUAUCUACACUGUGCACCAUAUUGUCUGGAGUGUUGAAGAAGGAAGCCCUGCCUACCAGGCUGGUCUUAAAGCUGGAGAUCUUAUCACUCAUAUAAAUGAUGAGCCAGUACAUGGGCUUGUGCACACUGAGGUUAUAGAACUCCUCCUUAAGAGUGGCAGCAAGGUGGCAAUCACCACAACCUCCUUUGAGAAUACGUCGAUAAAAACAGGCCCUGCAAGAAGGAACAGUUAUAGAAGCCGGAUGGUGAGGCGCAGCAAGAAGUCCAAGAAGAAAGAGAAUAUGGAACGAAGGAGGUCCUUUUUCAAAAAACUGACCAAGCAGCCAUCUCCUCUGAUUCACACAAGUCGACUAGCUUCUCCUGCUUAAACCGCUCCCUGUCUUCUGGAGAGAGCUUACCUGCAUCACCCACCCACAGCUUGUCACCCAGAUCUCCUACUCCCAGCUGCCGCUCGACUCCUGACUUCCCAUCAGGCACAAAUUCUUCACAGAGUAGCUCUCCAAGUUCAAGUGCUCCUAAUUCUCCAGCUGGCUCUGGGCAUAUAAGGCCUAGCACUCUACAUGGGUUGGGACCAAAGCUUGGAGGACAGCGGUACAGGUCUGGAAGGCGGAAAUCUGCAGGCAGUAUACCUCUUUCUCCAUUGGCAAGAACCCCAUCACCUACUCCUCAGCCUCCCUCACCACAGCGCUCUCCAUCACCAUUGCACGGAUACUCAGUGGGGAACUCAAAGGCAACACCCAAUUUUCCAACAAAAAUGCACUCUCCACCAACAAUAGUAAGACAUGUUGUUAGGCCCAAGAGUGCUGAACCCCCAAGGUCUCCACUGUUGAAAAGAGUUCAGUCAGAAGAAAAGCUCUCUCCAUCCUAUUGUUGUGAGAAAAAGCACUUAUGUCCACGCAAGCACAAUCUUGAAAUAACCAAGGAAGAAGUUCAUAAGCAAACACAACGUGAUGUAACAUUACAGAGCCUUGAGGAGAACACAUGUGAUAUUCCCGCAUCUACACGUGUUAGACCUGUAGAGCAAGGCUGUCUUAAGCGCCCAGCAUCUCGAAAACUCGGGAGGCAAGAGUCACUGGAUGAGCUGGAUAAAGAAAAGCUAAAAGCCAAAAUAGUCAUAAAAAAGAAAGAUAUUUCAGAAAGACAAGACUUUCUUCUUAAACAAAACAUAAUAUCAGAUUUGCAUAGUGAAAUCCGACACCAGCUGACAGAAGCUGACAAAGAUGACAAAGCACAAUUAAAAAGAUCAGCCAUAUCUGAGAAUAAAUUUCCUGCUUUCGACACUCGUCCAGGAGGCAUUCUGUUCAAAGAAGCUCCCUGCAAGAGUAUCAGUUCUCGCCCAAAUGGCACCAGCCUUUCUUUGGAUAGCCAAUCAUUCAGUCAUAGCUCUCCAGUUGCUGAAACUGCCCACAUGUCCUAUGAACUCAAGAAAGGACCCACUUCCUCCUCCUCCUCCUCCUUGCAGGAGAAACUUGCCCAUCCAUCUGAAAAGGGUAUAAAAGAUGACCAGUUAGAUAAACCUGCUACAGCAAACACUGAUUACUUCAGGAAGAAAAAGUCAUUUGAAGACAAAGAUGGUAGUAUUUGCCCAGUUUUAAAGCCUAAAAUUGUUCCUGUAUCUCAUGAAUGUAUGCAGACAAAGCCUGCACACUUACAGACAGAAUCUCUAGCCUUGCUAGAUAACAGGACUUGUAUGUCCAGUGUUCAGAGCUCUCCAGUUUCUUUUACACCCUUAAAAAAUUCUAACAAUAGAAGUGAAAGUAAUGUAGAUAAAUCGACUGUUACAACCACAGAGACACCUGUGCGGAAAAGCCCUUCUGAAUAUAAGCUAGAAGCAAGGUCUGUUUCGUCCCUAAAGCCUAUUGAAGGCACUUUAGACAUAGCCCUGCUGUCAGGACCAAAGGUUACAAAAGCUGAACCUGAUAUUUGUAAUAUUCAAACAAAGUCUGAUGAGCAGAGUCGAAACUUAAAGAGUGAAGGUCUAGAUAACACAAAUAUGAUAUUUACCAAAACCAGCUCUAAUUGCUCUGAUAUACCCAUAGUGCAAAAGGGACCCUUGGAAGAAAAACUUUGUGAGCCUCUACAGCCUUACUGCCGCACUGCAAAGAUUUGUCAAAACAAAGACACAUCAGGCCUUAGAACAAAGGAAAAUCUAGUAUAUGUGGCAAAUCCUCUUCAAAGCCAGAGGAUGAGUACAGUGCAGCCAUCAUCAAAUUGUCCAGCAACUGAACAACUGUCUUCUUCUGUGAAAGCAGAAAUGGUAAAUCAGGAGGUGUCCUCUGUCAAGUGCUCAGUAGAGCAAAGACAUAGUUCAUCAUCCACUGAAAGGACUUGUAUGUUGAGGGAUUCCAUUGAGGAUUUCUCUGCUACAACGCUGGCAGACUAUAGCAACUCAGAAAAGAACACCUCAGCAUUGAGAUGUAAAGAAGAAGGAAAUACGGAGACAGCAGUGUCCCAAAUACCUCUUGAUCAUCAAAAAUGUGUAAAAAAAAUUGUUGAUGCUUGUCGUCCCAUUGAACUUGUCACUGCCAAAAGAAUUUUGCAGAAUGCAGAGCUCGCUCCUAAAAAUCAGUAUAGCCAAAAUAAGUUGCAAGAUGCUACUCCACAAAAAAGAGAUUUGGUGAAUGUAAAGAAGAAUGGUGUAGAGGUCUCUUUUCUGAAAAAAGAUACUUGCGUUUCCGACAUUAAGCAGUCACCUACAGCUGCCAGUAUCCCUUCUGUAACAAGUGUUAAAGCCCUUUCACCACUUAGAGAAGAGCAAAAAACAGUUUGCCCACAGCUUGUCAGCUCCCUUAACAAACCAAAAGUGAUGGUGGAAUCUAAGUCCAGUUUGGUAAAAAUAGCCCUGUCUGAAAAAAGCAUUUUAACACAAAACACUAAGCCAGGCUUGGUGGACCUACCAAAUAAUCAAAAAGCUACAUGUAAAGCUGAGGGUUUUACACAAGCUGGCAGUGGAUUAAAUGUAGUUGCUGGAACUCCAAUGCAAAAUAAAGAUACCAUCAAAAAAGGAUCCAGUUUAAGCUCUAUAUCCUCUAAGAACAGUAUGAAUACUAAGGACUCUACCAAUGUAUAUCACUCUGAACACAGUGUCAAUGUGACUGCAACAGUCAGGUCUGAUGCUGCAAGCACUGUUAACCUUAAGGAUUGUUCUGCAAAGACACAUCUCAAAGAAAAAACAAGCGCACAUCUGAAAUUAACUAGAGCCAGUACUGUCAAAAGUUGUGUACAAAGUAGAGCUGUUCUUGAUGUUGCAAAUACUGGGCAUCCACCGACUGACAGUGUUCAAGAAAAUAAAUGCACUGAAGCACUUUAUGUUCAAAAUGACAAGGGCAAAAAAGUUACUCCAGUUACCAGUAGAGAAACUAGAGAGGUAACUUUAGACAAGCAAAAGUCUAGCACCUCUCAGAAUGUGAUAGGAAAAGGAGACCAGAGGAAUGCACUGUGUGAUACCAAAAGCACUGCCGGUGCUGCUUUGCCCAAAGUUGGGAGUACGGACAUCUCUUUAUCCAAACCAGACAUGGCCGAAUGUCCUGUGAAUGUUCGCAAGGAUAAAGUGGAGCAGAAUGUUAAUACGAAUGUUGAUACUGUUAAAUCAAAGAAGGAUCUCCAAGAGAUCACCAGCAGGUCUUGUCCUGCUACAAAAGAAUGCAGCGCAUCCAGUAAACCUGUCAUUGAAAAACAAGUUUCUAGUACCACCAUGCCGGGGUCAGUUCGGAGAGAUCCACCUUCUUCUCCUAGCAAAAAGAACAUCACAAAAAGUAUACCCAAGCCACCAGCUGCACCUCUGGAGAAUUCCCCGUCCCUUUCCUCAGAUAAAGACUUAAAAGGACAGAAACGAGGAAAGGACAGUGUUUCACAGAGUAGUCUUCAAAAAAAGGCAUCAUAA